CACUAGUUUCCCGUGCUUUCUCAUUUCCUUUUUCACCGUCAUCAUCCCCCCUCACUGAAACCUCAACCACUGUGUGUGAGCUUUCUCUUUCUCCAUUGAUUCUUCCCGCCUAUUUAAAACCCCCUUUUCUCAACUUCAAUCUCCACAAAUGCAGCUUCAAUUGCUUCAUUCGAACCCUAAUUUAUUCUCCCCCAACCAAACUCCUCCCUCUUCUCUCCUCGCUAAACUCGCCUAUUCCAAUUUCUCCGCCGUCACUCGCCCUUCUGCUCGGAUUUCAUAUUCCUUUGCUCCUCCCGAAAUCAAACUCCGUUCCGAAACUAUGAGCUCUAUUGUUUCUUCCGCCGUUUCUGAUCGCAGCGGAGUUGUUGAGUUGGCGGUCGAGGAUUCCGAGCUUGAUCGCUUUGCUGUUGUUGCUAACAAGCUUGCUGAUGCUUCCGGCGAAGUUAUCCGCAAGUAUUUCCGCAAGAGUUUUGAUAUUCUCGAUAAAGAGGACUUGAGUCCUGUUACAAUUGCUGAUCAAGCUGCCGAAGAGGCGAUGGUGAGAAUCAUACAAGAGAGUUUUCCUUCACAUGCAAUUUAUGGAGAAGAAGAUGGUUGGAAGUGUAAAGACAAAGUAGCCGAUUUUGUUUGGGUAUUAGAUCCCAUAGAUGGAACAAAGAGCUUUAUUACAGGUUUCUAUUUUGUUGGUUCCUCCGUUUCUUGUGGGGUUUUUUUUAGCUCUUCAAUUUUUGCUGAACUUGCUGGGGCCUUUUUUUUUUUUUGUGAUUCAGGUAAACCUUUAUUUGGAACUCUUAUUGCUUUGUUGCAUAAAGGUAAACCGGUUCUUGGAAUAAUUGAUCAACCUAUUUUGAGGGAGAGGUGGAUUGGAUUAAGUGGGAGAAAAACUACUUUAAAUGGACAAGAGAUCUCGACACGUAGUUGUGCAAAACUCUCUCAAGCAUAUCUGUACACGACUAGCCCACAUCUAUUUAAAGGAGAUGCUGAUGUUGCCUUCGCUCGUGUUAGGGAUAAGGUGAAAGUUCCUUUGUAUGGAUGCGACUGUUAUGCCUAUGCCCUCCUAGCAACUGGUUUUGUGGAUCUUGUGAUUGAAUCUGGUCUUAAGCCAUAUGAUUUUCUUUCACUCAUUCCAGUCAUAGAGGGUGCUGGUGGAGUUAUAACUGAUUGGAAAGGACAUAGCCUUAACUGGAAAGCUUCAGCGGAUGCCCAGCCUGCAAGCUUUAAUGUAGUUGCAGCAGGGGAUAAGCAGCUUCACUCACUAGCAAUUGGUGCAUUGCAGUGGGAUUGAUUUGGUAGCUGUACCAAGUGGAUAAAAAAGUGUGCUUUUCAGUUUCUGUAACUCCAAGCAUAGUUCAGUCAAGUUGCUGGGAUCUUAUUAAAAUCCCUCCUUUCUCUGUGGUUACAGAAAAUGGUAGACUUUAGAGACUAGAGUUUUCUUGCUUGUUUAAAAUGUACCAUUCACCCAAAGCUGUGGGUCUCAUUUGAAGUACCUUCCUGCUGUUAUGGCUAAUGUUGUUAGUAUUCAUUGUUUGUUCCAGAUUUAGCAACUUAAUGCCUGAACCAGUUUUGGAACAGCUGAGCCGUACAUACUUUCAUCAACUUUGAAAUUUGAAUCAUAACGAAAAAAGACAAUUACAUUUCACCAUCAUAAAGUUUGGGGAGAAAAAUAUUUGUACCCAUUUCAUGGAGAGAACACAGAAUGAAAUAAAUAUAAAGAGACGUUUGACGAUGUCUCUCCUUUGAGUUUCAACAACUACUUCCCUAUGACAUGAACCAGAAGUCAAAGUCUAGUCUACUCUUGAAGGCAAAGAAGAGAACCUAGCCAAAACCGGGUAAAUUCACAAUGGACAAAUAACUUACGCGGGGCAUAUUGACUCUUACUCUUUUCCAAAAUCAGCAUUGUUGAAAUCUUUCUUCGCCAUCAUCAUGAAAAUUUAGACAAAUCUCAUCCCUGGAGUUUGCCAUACUGGCUCUUA